AGUCACUCGGUGUUUCCUUACCAAGAUUCUUUCGUCUUGAGUCCUCUUCAUACGCGAUUCACUGCGAUUUCCUCAAAAAAGAACCAUAUCAAGGGCUUCCCAUCAUCGCGACGCCGCCUUCCCCCCCUCACCACCAUCACCACAAAACAUCCGCAAACCAAACACAAGAGAGCACAUUCUAAAACAAAGAUGAAGACGUUUUACAGCCUCGCGUUGCUCGCGGCCAUGGGCGCGCUAUGCUCCGCGACUCCCGGGGAUACUCAGGCUCCGCGGCAGCCGACGCGGGAAGAGCCGGCCGCCCCCCAGGGCCUAGACUACGGAGUCGAGGUCGGCAGCCCUGCCCUGCCAGGGCGGCGUGCGCUGGACGAGAGCAGCCGGGAAACAUGCCCCAAAGACACAAUCGCCUGCCAUCUCCCGCGCAACUGGAACUGCUGCCCGAAGACGGCGCCCUGCUGCGGGCCGGGGUGCUGCGCCGAGGGGUACCGGUGCGUUGACGCGCGGGUGGGCGUGUGCUGCCCCGAGGGCACGACGUUCCGCGGCGGCGUGUGCGCCCGCGUUCGAGAGGGGGACUACUGCCGGCCGACGGAGGAGGAGUGCGGGAGCGGGAUGGUGUGCUGCGAGGGCCGGUGUUCGAGGCGGUGCGGCGGCGGCGUUGUCGUCUGUGGGGGCGCGGUGGCGGCGACGGGUUGGCCGCAAGGCGGACGGGCCGGUUGGUGGUGCACGGUCGUCCUGCUCGGGACGGCGUUAGCAAAUGCCGUCUGAUCGGGGUAAGGGAUGGUAGCGGG